AUGCACCCCCUCUCCGUCCUCAGCCUUGGGAUCUUCGUAGCAGGCUACAUCACCGCCCGAUGGGAUCUGGUCACUCGCCUCUAUGAGCUUGCCAUCUUUGCUUGGAACUACGGAGUCGUGACCCGCGCUGCCAAAGGCUUUGCGCUCCUGACCUUUGUAUUCCUCCUCGUCUUCAUUCCCGUGGAACGCUUGGCCACGAGGGAGUCGAACCUGCAUCCCAGAUCCCCCGGAGCUGGCGUCUCGGCCAGGGAACAGUUGCGACGGCGAGGGUCCUUCUAA